AGCGGUCCCUGAGGAUGACCGUGGUCAAACGUCAGGCUCAGUCACCGUCCGGUGUCUCCAGCGAGGUCGAGGUGCUGAAGGCACUCAAGUCACUCUUUGAGCAUCACAAGGCGCUGGAUGAAAAGGUUAGGGAACGCUUGCGAGCAGCUUUGGAGCGAGUGGCAACCUUGGAGGAGCAGCUCGUGGAUGCCCAUCGGCAGGUGGCAGCUCUGCAGCAAGGUGCUGCACGGGAGGCCCCGGCGGGUGAGCGGGAUGAGAGGGAGCCCAAGGAGCCGGCACAGAAGCUUCCCUGGAAGCGGCUCUCCAACGGCUCCGUCCACCCGGACAAUGAGGCAGGGCGGGUGGUGGAGCUGCAGGAGCUCCUGGAGAAGCAGAAUUUCGAAGUGGUCCAGGCCAAGGAGCGCAUCUCUGCGUUGGCUGCCAGCGUCGCCGAGCUGGAGGAGGAUCUGGGCACCGCCAGGAAGGAUCUGAUCAAAUCGGAGGAGAUGAGCAGCAAGUACCAGAGGGACCUCCGAGAGGCCCUGGCUCAGAAAGAGGAUAUGGAGGAGAGGAUCACCACGCUGGAGAAACGCUACCUGGCAGCCCAGCGAGAAGCCACCUCCAUCCACGACCUCAACGACAAGUUAGAAAGCGAGUUGGCUAACAAGGAGUCCCUGCACCGCCAGUGCGAGGAGAAAGCCCGGCACCUGCAGGAGCUGCUGGAGCUGGCGGAGCAGAAGCUACAGCAGACGAUGCGGAAAGCGGAGACGCUGCCCGAGGUGGAAGCGGAGCUGGCCCAGCGCAUCGCUGCACUCACCAAGGCAAGUGUGCGCGGUGCUCAGAGACGGCUGGGACAGCAGAGAGUGCAGGAACCAGAGGAAAUUCCUCUGAGGAAGAGGCAGGCAGAAGAGAGGCAUGGGAGCAUCGAGGAGCACCUUCGGCAGCUGGAGAGUCAGCUGGAGGAGAAGAACCAGGAGCUGGCCAGGGCCCGCCAGCGAGAGAAGAUGAACGAGGAGCACAACAAGCGGCUCUCGGACACCGUGGACCGUCUGCUGAGCGAGUCCAACGAGCGGCUGCAGCUGCACCUCAAGGAGAGAAUGGCGGCCUUGGAGGAGAAGAACACAUUGUUACAAGAGCUGGAAAAUACCCAAAAGCAGAUAGAGGAACACCAGCACGACAAGCGGCGGUUGUCCGACGAGAUUGACAAACUGAGGCUGGAGGUCGAUCAGCUCAAGACCAGAAGUGGGACGUUUGUGGAAAGCGUGCACACAAGGUCCCAUAUGGGCAGCGCCACGGACCUGCGCUUCCCACUGAGCGCCGUGGUCCAUGCCCCCGCCGAGCCCUUCGGGACAGCCCCGGGCUUGCCUCGGGCGCAGAAGGGCCGAUUCGCCGCCAGGCGAGAGGAGCCAGCCAAGGACUGGGAGCAGGCUCAGGCAGGCAGCGUCCUGGCCGCGGGACCUCAUGCCUUUGACAGUGACCCUGACAUCUCCGAUGUGGACGAGGAUGACCGCGAGAUGAUGCUCCAGGAGCAGCUGGAUGCCAUCAACGAGGAGAUCAGGUAGUGACCAUGGCCAAAGACCACCACNNNNCUGCGCGCAGAGGAGCUGGAGACCCGCGUCACAAGUGGCAGCAUGGAGGGCCUCAACCUCACCCAGCUCUGCAAAAGGGCUUCCAUCCCCACCUCGCUGACAGCCCUGUCCCUGGCCAGCUCGUCCCCACCGCUCAGCGGCCGCUCCACCCCCAAACUCUCCUCCCGCAGUGCUGCUCAGGACCUGGACCGCAUGGGGAUCAUGACGUUGCCCAGCGACUUGAGGAAGCACCGGAGGAAACUGCUAGUGACUCGGGAUGAAAGCCGAGAGGAUAAAACCACCAUCAAAUGCGAGACGUCCCCCCCAUCCUCACCCAGGACAUUGCGGCUGGAGAAGCUGGGCCACCCCGCGCUAAGUCAGGAGGAUGGGAAGAGCUCACUGGAGGAGCAGGCCAGCAACCCCAGCAGCAACAGCAGCCAGGACUCCUUGCACAAGGGCUCCAAGAGGAAGGGGAUCAAAUCCUCCAUCGGGCGCUUGUUCGGGAAAAAAGAGAAGGGUCGCUUGAUUCAGCUGAUGCUGCUGACCGACGUGGAGGUGGGCAUGCAGGACCCGCUGGGACUUGGCAAGCUGGGUGCUCAGGCUGAGAAGGAUCGGCGCCUGCGGAAGAAGCACGAACUCCUGGAAGAAGCUCGGAGGAAAGGAUUGCCCUUUGCUCACUGGGAUGGCCCCACCGUUGUCUCCUGGCUGGAGCUCUGGGUGGGGAUGCCAGCCUGGUACGUUGCCGCUUGCCGAGCCAACGUGAAGAGCGGAGCCAUCAUGUCAGCCCUGUCCGACACUGAGAUCCAGAGGGAGAUCGGCAUCAGCAAUGCCCUGCACCGCCUCAAGCUGCGUCUGGCCAUCCAGGAGAUGGUCUCGCUCACGAGCCCCUCUGCACCACCCACCUCACGGACGUCCUCCGGAAAUGUCUGGGUCACCCAUGAGGAGAUGGAGAACAUGGCAACUUCCACCAAGACGGACAUGGAGGAAGGCAGCUGGGCACAGACGCUGGCCUAUGGGGACAUGAACCAUGAGUGGAUUGGGAACGAGUGGCUGCCCAGCUUGGGUCUCCCACAGUAUCGCAGCUACUUCAUGGAGUGUCUUGUUGAUGCACGGAUGCUGGACCACCUCACCAAGAAAGAUCUGAGAGUGCACUUGAAGAUGGUGGACAGCUUCCACCGCACCAGCCUGCAGUACGGCAUCAUGUGCCUGAAGAGGCUCAACUACGACCGCAAAGAGCUCGAGAGGAGGCGAGAAGAGACCCAACAUGAAAUCAAAGACGUAUUGGUGUGGACCAACGACCAGGUCAUUCAUUGGAUCCAGUCCAUCGGGCUCCGUGAGUACGCCAACAACCUUGUCGAGAGCGGGGUGCACGGGGCGCUCCUGGCCCUCGAUGAAAACUUCGACCACAACAGUCUGGCACUCGUGUUGCAAAUCCCCACGCAGAACACGCAGGCUCGACAAGUGCUGGAGAGGGAGUUCAACAACCUGCUCGCCUUGGGCACAGAUCGGAGGCUGGACGAUGGCGAUGACAAGACCUUCCGUCGAACCCCAUCCUGGCGAAAGCGCUUCCGCCCUCGAGACAUUCACAGCAUCAACAUGCUCAGUGGCUCGGCCGAGACGCUGGCCGCCGGCUUCACCGAAAAUGCCCCCGGAAGUCGGUGCCUCUGGGUCGCCAAGGCUGGAGACCUCCACGGUCCGGACGUACUCCUGCUGAGGGUCAGCGUGACGGGAACCAGCCCGGUCCCGGGAUGA